AUGCUUAUCAACUCUCAGACCAAACAAUAUGAAGGUCCAGUACAUCUCUCCUAUGCCUACCUUGCUCCAGAGGACAUGACCGAGCUCAGAAGGUUGGCCAAGACAUUGGAUGGUGAACUCUCAGAGGGUACAGUUCAUUAUGAACACAAACAGGCAAUCCAUCUCAUUCAUCCUGCCAAUAUACGUAUACCAGAGUCAUUUGCUGGUGCCAGUACCUCUACAUUCACUCUUGAGAAGAGGAACAAUCUGGUGUUUGUUGUCUAUCAACAUCCUGAGGCCAGCCCAGAUAUGAUGGAGGAGCAACAACAGAUGGAUAUUGAUCCAAAUGAUGUUGGUGAGCUAGUUGAGAUACCCUGGAAGGAUCUCGACAUCAACAAUAUCUGUAAUACAUUCCACAACAUCAACAAGAACGUCAAUCACAACAACAAAAACAACAAUCGCUUUAGAAACAAUAGGAGGAGCUUUACUCAUUUCCAUAUUGUUCCAGACGAUGACAUUGUCUAUGUUGUUAUGACCAUAUACUUUGGCCGUCAUUGCUCCAAGUCAAUGGAGAGACAACUCAAAUCUACUCUCCUCCACCGACCAGUGCCAGGCACAGCAUUUAUCUUUGCCAGGAACGGAGACCCCAAGAACAUCAUCACAUGUUACAGACAACUUCUAUUCCACCAAGAAUAG